AUGGCACCUAAGACUGUCUUCGUCACUGGCGCGAACGGCUAUAUCGGCAACGCUGUAGCGCGCGCAUUCGUUGCCGCCGGAUGGAAGACCUACGGACUCGUCCGAUCUCCGUCGGCCGCAACAGCUCUCGCCCAAGAGGAGAUCAUCCCAAUCGUCGGCGCGAUCGACGACCUGUCCGCACACGCGGAGAUCCAGGCUCACCUUCCGGCCACCCUCGAUGCAAUCGUAUCGGCAACCGAGAACCCUUUAGACUACAUGCCGCAUUACAACAACACGAUCAAGCUUCUUCGAACUCUUGGCGCCGCCAGCUCUGCCGCAGGAACUAGACCCAUUGUGAUCUUCAGCUCCGGCUGCAAGGACUACGGCAUCGGGCCCCACUACCACGGCGCCUCGGACCUCGCCCCGCACACGGAGGACUCCCCGAUCAACACAGUGCCUUUCCUCAUCAACCGUGCGACGCAUGCGAGGAAGAUCUUUGAUCACAGCGAUGUCUUCGCUCCGGUCUUGGUCAGACCUACGAACGUCUACGGCCGAAGCUCAAGCUUCUACAAGGCCUUCUUCGAUGUUGCAGCCAAGGCAGCCGCUGAUGGCAAGCCCCUCUUGCUGCCCACCCCACCAAACACCAUUGUUCAUGCCCUCCAUGUCGACGAUUGCGGAGAAGCAUACGUCGCCAUAGCUUCCCACGUCAACAGAUCCGAAGCUGAAGGUCAGGUCUUCAACAUCUCUGCCCAAAAGUACGAGACUGUCGACGAGGUGGCGAAAGCUCUGGUCAAGGAGUACAACAUCACGGGAGGGCUGAAGUAUGUCGACCCUCUCGAGCUGAAGAAUGACGAAAAUCCCUGGCCAAAUGGAAUUAUAAACUUCCCGCAGUGGACAGACUCUACAAAGCUCACGAACCUUACCGGCUGGAAACACCACCGGCCGUUGUUUUCCGAAGGAUUGCACGUGUACCGUGUUGCUUUUGAGGCAGCGAAGGCAAGUGGCCAUGAAGGUGUGAAGAGGACAAGUGGGUAUCUGGAGGCUUUGACGAAGCAGGGCUUUGUGAGCCAGAACGGAGGCAAAUAG